GCGUGAGUAGUAGCCAGUGACGCUGUGUCCUGUGUGGGAGCCGCGACACUCCGCGGUCCGCGUUUAAUUUAUUUCAAGUGUAUUCAGUUAAUCGUAGAAAAUCCGUGAAAAUGACCACCGCACCUCAUAGUAAGAAGCGCGUCUGCUACUACUAUGACAGUGAUAUUGGUAACUAUUAUUAUGGGCAAGGACAUCCCAUGAAACCGCACCGCAUAAGGAUGACACACAAUUUACUUUUGAACUAUGGACUCUACAGAAAAAUGGAGAUAUACCGUCCACAUAAAGCCACUGCCGACGAGAUGACAAAGUUUCAUAGUGACGAGUACAUCAGGUUCUUGAGGUCCAUCAGACCAGACAACAUGUCUGAGUAUAAUAAGCAAAUGCAGCGGUUCAAUGUAGGAGAGGACUGCCCAGUUUUUGACGGUCUCUACGAAUUUUGUCAAUUAUCAGCUGGUGGAUCCGUAGCUGCAGCUGUCAAAUUAAACAAACAGGCCUCGGAGAUCUGUAUUAAUUGGGGUGGUGGAUUACAUCAUGCAAAGAAAAGCGAGGCCUCUGGCUUUUGUUAUGUGAACGAUAUUGUAUUGGGAAUUCUGGAAUUGCUCAAAUAUCACCAAAGAGUGUUGUACAUUGACAUUGAUGUUCAUCACGGCGAUGGCGUCGAAGAAGCGUUUUACACUACGGAUAGAGUGAUGACUGUCUCCUUCCAUAAGUAUGGAGAGUACUUCCCUGGAACUGGUGAUCUCAGAGAUAUUGGGGCUGGAAAGGGAAAAUAUUAUGCUGUCAAUAUUCCCUUGAGGGAUGGUAUGGAUGAUGAAAGCUACGAGUCCAUUUUUGUUCCAAUUAUUUCAAAAGUCAUGGAAACUUUCCAGCCCUCUGCUGUAGUUUUACAGUGCGGUGCUGAUUCCUUGACAGGCGACAGAUUGGGCUGUUUCAAUCUAACCGUUAGAGGCCAUGGAAAAUGUGUCGAAUUUGUAAAGAAAUACAAUCUGCCAUUCCUAAUGGUUGGUGGUGGCGGUUACACAAUCAGAAAUGUCUCUAGAUGUUGGACAUAUGAAACAUCCGUAGCUCUUGGUUCAGAAAUAGCUAAUGAACUUCCUUAUAAUGAUUACUUUGAAUACUUUGGACCAGAUUUCAAACUUCACAUCAGUCCAUCGAAUAUGGCCAAUCAGAACACACCAGAGUAUCUCGAAAAAAUAAAGACCAGGCUCUUCGAGAAUUUGAGAAUGUUGCCACAUGCUCCAGGAGUACAGGUGCAGGCUAUUCCAGAGGACGGUGCAGCAAUAGAAGAUUCUGAAGCGGAGGAGAAGGUCAACCCUGACGAACGGCUGCCUCAACGGGACCUGGAUAAGAGAAUACAACACGAGAAUGAGUACAGUGACAGCGAAGACGAAGGCGAGGGUGGCAGAAGGGACAACAGAUCGUUCAAGGGCUCCAGAAAGAGGCCACGUCUGGAGAAAGGUCAGGAAGGCGUCGAGGGCGACCUGAAGAAGGAAGACGACAUAAAGACCGAGACAAAAGAAAACGAGAAGGAUGACAAGACGAACGCGACAAGCGAGGAGGCGAAGAAGGACGGCAGUGCGAAUCCCUGAUAGGCGAUGGUUCUCCACCGCUUAAGAAAUUGAGAUAUAUCUCUAUUCAAUUCAAGUCUAGAUAAGCGUAGGUAACAUAACGGAUGCAGAUCCGAGAAGCUGUUCGGAUGCAGCCAGCCCACCAUACGAUGAUGAACAUAAUCUCUAACCUUCACUUACCUAUCCCUAAAGAAGAGAUCCUAUCACUCUGUACAGCCUAAAGCCCCAGAUUUUUAGCAUGAACUCUCUAACUUAUCCAUUAUCGUAUUCGUCAUCUUGGUGGACGAGCAAAUAACAUCUGGAUCAGCAAGCGACAUCACGAGUGCAUUCAUGCCUCCUGGUGCGCCUAGAAAUUGAAAUCGCGGUUCCCUUUCCUAAUCUAGAUACAGAUUCUCAUUGAAGUCGUAUUCGACCUGAGGAUUUAUCAAAUGGCCAGGAGCAUUCCUCAUUUUAAUCUAUGUUUAUUAUCAACCUUUUUAAUUGAAAAAGGAUACAUUUGUCGAUACACCGAUCAUUUCAUAAGGAAAUUAUAUGCCGAUUUUAGAACUGGUCUGUAUCCAGUUUCUUCGUACUCUCGCUCAUCUGCACGAAUAAUCGCGAUCAAUCAAUCAUUCGUCUCUCGUAUCCAUGUGGAUUUAUAGAUCAUUGAUCUUUUUCGGCUCGUUGUAUGAUUUUUCUUGACUGAGCCGUGACAGGCCGACGCACUACUUGUAAUACAAAGAAGGGGGAAUUGGUUAGCCGACCGAUUGUAGUAGAUGAAUUGUCGUGGGCACAAUGAAUUAUAAUUUUGUUUCCCAAAGCUGUCUGUACAUAACAUGAAGUCACCAAUUAUAUUUUUCUUUUUCUUUUCGAAUGAUCUCCAACGUGCUAUGAUGUGACGUUUGUUUUUGAUCUGUAACAUAUUUAAUUUUUAUGCGACAAAUUUCGAGAUUCAUCAAGGAGUAAAGUGGAACGAUGGAUCACUUAUCAAGGCUAUCAUUCGAUAUGCUCGCUUAGACUUAGCUGUAGUCCCUUUCUCUUUAAAUAACGUUAAUUAACAAGAUGAAACUAUUUGUGUAAAUUUCAGUCAUUCGUAAUUUUGCAGCUGAUUCGAUUUUUGUUGAUUGCUUUCCUGGGGCUACGAAAAUAGAGCUCGACAGCGUUCAGGAAUAUGUAUGAGCAUUAGAGGGUAAAGAGUUUAUUAAGAAAUCAUUGUCUACGUCUCAAUUUGUUGGAAGAUCCUUGCAAAUUUUAUGAUUCUUGAACGAACAUCUAUUCUGUGCAUGAUUUGUCAGAUCUUGUCGAUCAAACUAAAAAUUUCGUAGCGCCAGGGCGCAUUUCAUUCCGACGUAAGUGAAAUAAAUAUUUGCAUGAUCACAAA